UUUAAACGCGUCAUUUAAUAAUGAUUUGUUAAUAUCAUGAAACGUAUCGAUGUACGAGAAUCAAUCCAUUUAUUCCAUUUCUUUUCUCGUUUGAUGAAUAACUUGUUAACGAAAUCAUUGGUUUUUCCUUUAAAUGUGGCAUUCGUGGUAGGGGUUUUUUUCUUUUUUUCCUUUUGUCCAUAUAAAUAAAGAGAGAGAGAGAGAGAGAAGGAUGGAGAAAGAAACAGAAAAGAAAAAAAACAAAUGGGGGAAAACAUAGAAAAGGAUAGAUAGAUGAACGGAAUGGAAAUGACCGCAUCAAAUGCAAUUUCACGUUUCCUAUCGUAUAAUUUUCCUACCUGGGGAGAGACCAACACGAAUUUCAAAUACAUUUUCUUGCAAUGGAAACAACAAAGUUCUUCAUGAAUAUUUCAAAUCGUUCGCACGCGAUCUUCUCUUUCGCGCGUGACCUCUAUUGCAAUCGUCUUUUCCUUUCUUUUCUUUUUUUGGCUUUGUCUUGUUUUGUGUUGUUUUGUGUUUUGUGUUUUUUUUUUUUUUUUUUUUUUUUUCUAUUCUUUGACCCCUUGCCACGAUCUAUAUUUUUGCUCGUGUAAGAAUUUUUCUUGGUCGAUAUUUUCAUUUCUUAUAGAAUUGUAUUAAUGCAGAAUUAAUGGAGAAUUUUUUUUUCUUCUUUUAUUUUCUUUUUAUUUAUUUUUUUUUUUUUUGGCUUCGUCUUGUUUUGUUUGUUUUUUUUCUUUCUUUUUCUUUUUCCCCUUUCCACGAUCUAUAUUUUUGCUCGUAUAAGAAUUUUUCUUGGUCGAUAUUUUCAUUUCUUAUAGAAUUGUAUUAAUGCAGAAUUAAUGGAGAAUUUUUUUUCUCCUUUGAUUUUCCUUUUUCGUCGGAUCAAUCGUCGAGUUACAUGUGGAAAAUGGCGACAAUUUUUUAAGUUAUCGUUUCAAUAAUGUCAUCUUUAUAACAUGAAAUGCGCAAUUAUUUCUAUUGUAUGUAACAAAAAAAAAAAAAAAAAAAAGAAAAAUAAAGACAUAAACAAAACAAACAAAAUGAGCCAUCUCGCACGGAACGUGAAUAAAAUAAAAAUAGUUAUAAUUUUAUUAUCGAACGUAUUUUAUUUAUUCCGAUGUAGUAAUUUUAUUUUUCGUAUACAUAUAUAUAUAUAUAAAUAUAUAUGUAUGUAUGUAUACAAUAAUACAAAGAAAGUAUACGUAGAUAAUCACGAUAGUUCGUGAUUAGAUAAUUGAUAAUUAAAUAUUUGUAUCGGAGAAAAUGUCAUCUCGACGAUUUAUUUUUAUCCAAUUUUUACGAAGGGGGUGGGGAAGGAGGGAAACAAAGGAAAACAAAAAUACAACAAAGAAAUGUUUUGCGUACUUAUGUGAUAGAAAUUAAUAUGAAUUAUUUCGCUGAUAUAAUCGUGCCAACAUUAUACAUAUUUAAAUUGUAUGAUAAAAUUUGUCAUAUUAAUAGAAAAAAAAAAAAAAAAAAAAAAAAAGAAGAAGAAAAAAAGAAAAAAAAAAAAAAACGAAAAAGAAUUUUUCAAUACGUUGCGCAUGUUCUUUCUCAUACGAUAGGAAUGAGAGGAAUGAGAGAAAUGAGUAAUACACAAGAGGCGUCAGCUUUUAUCGUCGAAACGAUAUUACGCUUUCGUGUAAACUAACUAUAAUAGGAGUCUUAGUAUCGAUUCAUGAAAAAGAUUAGUAACGUUGGAUCAUUAUUGAUCAUUAAAGUCUCUCGUUCGAAUACAGAGAGAAUAAGAGAUAAAUAGAUAUGUAUAUAGAUAGACAGAGAGACAGAGAGAAAGAAAGAUGCACGAUUCUCGUCAAGGUUAUCGAGUUUCUAACCUGAAGUUUUAUUUUUAUUUAACUUUUCACAUGACCCUACCGGUUUUUAUAAUUUCUCUAUCUCAUCAAUCGCAAAACAGUCAGAGAAAUUAACGAAAAUAUAUUAGUGGAAUCGUUUCUCGACUUUUUUCUUCCUCCCUCCUCCCUCCCCCUCCCCGACCAAGUCCUUCGAGUUUUCAAAGUGAAUAAAAAUUUUUUUCCGAAGUUUUAGAUAAGGGGUAGUCAAAAAAAAAAAAAAAAAGAAAAGGAGAAGAAGAAAUGAAAAAAAAUGGAAGAAGAAGAAGAAGAAGAAAAGAUAAAAAAAGCAGGGUGGGAUGAUGGUGUGGGGUGAGGUAGGAGGGGGAAUGAAGAAAUUCGAAUUUACGAGAUUACACAGGUGUACGAGUUGUUGUACUACGUGUUGUGCAUCUAUGUAUCUUCUUUUUUUUUCCUUAAGAGAUGAAGAGUGUGGGAGGAAGAGAAAAAGAGAGAGAGAGAGAGAGAGAGAAAGAGAGAGAGAGAAAAGGACGAAAGGAAUAGUAGUUUGUGCGUAAGAUUAACCAACUGCAACGAGAGAGGGCUUCGUUUACCCCAGUAGUUUCAUUUGAACACGCGCACUAGCUAGCUAGUUAGCUGGUAGCUCUAGCUAGCUAAGCUAGGCUAGGCUAACUCGCUAGCUCACUCACUCGCUCGCUCGCUCGCUCGCUAGCUAGCUAGCUAGCUAGCUUGCUAGCUCGUUCGUUCGUUCGUUCGUUCGUUCGUUCAUUCAGAGUCAUUCACUCGCUCACUCGUUCAAGAGCUGUGGCGGCGCGUGGAAUCCCUCGUUUUAAGAGUGGGAAGACGAGAGGAGAUCGACGGAGCAGCUGACACGGUGCAGUACAACCUCGUUGGAAGAAGGAACGCCAAGUGAUAAGGUGGAUAACGUAGAGAAUAAACAAACGAUACCCAAGAUCAUGAGCGUUUGUAAGAAUACGAUACGUUGGGCACUCCUGAUUGAUAUCCUGAUAGCAUUAACAGCUCUUAUAUCUCCAUUCUUUUCAUUCGUUCUGUGUCCGUGCGUGACACGGCACGCGUCACUUUCCUUUUGGAUAAAAAGAAUGUCACCGCAAAAUGUAUCCGUUUCGAUGUACGUCAAAGGAAAAAGGAAAAACAAUAUCGUUCGUAAUUGGGAGAAAAUAAUUACGUUGUUAUCCCAACGACGUAAUCAGUACAGUUUUCUGAUGGUGCUUAUGGGAUUAUUGGAAUUUGGAAAUAUUCCGCACAAUCAAAUUGGCUUUUUCUGCAAUGAUCCAAAACUUUCCUUUAAAUUUAGGGGAGAUACCAUAUCCGUUAUUGUCUUACUCAGUGUCACCGCUUUUCUGCCGAUUUUUGUGAUGUGGAUCACAGAAUACACAUGCCAAGCAAGAAAUAAUUACGAUAAGGAAACGGAAUCUAAUAAGUCAAGAUUAAAACAAGUUUGGAUUUGGUAUGGCCAUUAUACAAUAGGGACUGUCACACUGGCUGUUGGAUGUAACGUUAUGAAAAUUAUCAUUGGAGAACCGAGGCCACAUUUCUUUGACACAUGUCAACCUUUAGAAGCUCGAAAUUGCACCAAUGAAUAUAUCAAGUCGUAUACUUGCACGAAUUCGAUCGAUUCGAAUUGGUUCAUAACAGAUUCGAGUAAAUCUUUUCCAUCGUCUCACUCGGCUCUUUCUGUGUUUACAUCGAUUUUUAUUGCGAGUUAUCUGCAAGAACGUAUGACGAACAAAACGUUACUCGUUAAGCCAUGGCUUCAAUUAUUGAUAUCAAUGUGGGCAGUGAUAUGUUCCUUGAGUAGAAUAGCAGACAACAGACACCAUUGGUGGGACGUUUUGGCCGGUUUAUUUAUAGGAACGAUCACUGCCAUUCUAAUCUUGAUAUAUCAAUGUCGCUUGUUCCGUUUGGAUAGAAAAACAUCAUCGAAACGAGUUAAAAGUGAUUUCAUUGGUAACGAGCAAGUUGCUUGUUUCGAUGAAAAAAAUUAUCAAAGUAAGAAGAAAUUAGUGAAUAGUGCUAACAACGUCGACAUUCCCGAAGGCCGUGAAUUACGUGAUAUUACGGUAUCUUGGAAAGAAUGAUAAUAAUGAACGAAGGAGAACGAGAAUGUGUCAAAUUGUGUGUUAGAUACAAAUCGGGAGAGAAGUAGAACAUUGCAUUAUAUAUAUAUAUAUAUAUAUAU